AUGGCUUUUCGUGGAUCUGAGAAGUUGAAUACAAAUAUGUAUGAUGUCCCAGAGGAAGAAAGUGAUUCUCAGGCAGAAGAGCCAAAGAAGAAUGUGAGUCCUCAUGAAUAUGGGAAAGGAGGGUUGUUAAAGGAGGAGGAUACGUUCAGACUGACAGAUAUGGACACCACAAGUGGUAUACGCUCUGGUGAAUCAGGAGAUGGAAGGUUUAUUCAGUCCUCUGUUCCGCCUUCAGAAUUAGGUUUGGAAGAUAACUUUAACAAAAAUAUUAGGUUUAAUAAUGAUAGCAGUGAAGUUUUAAAAUCACCUAGUAAUAGUAUACCUGUGACUGUGAGUUUUAACCAUCCUGCAAGCAGUAACACUUCAGAUUCAAGGAACAGUAAAGACACAUCUUGGAAUACUUCCGAGAUGACCCCAGCUCUUGCUGGAAGCAAUGCAUUUGAUGGAAAUAACAGAAACAAUAUAUCCUCAACGUCAGGCCUUCCCGUUUCGUUACCACCACUUCAGACAUCAACUACAGAGCCAGUUUCUCCCACAGCGACUGCACCACAAGUGGAGCCAACAGUACGGCGGCACUUUGAAGUCUCCAAUGUAGAUGAAUCUGCACUGAAAAUGAACAGUGAAAAUGACAUUCAAGAAAAGGAUGAAAAUGACACCGAGCCAGAUUUUGAAAAUAAGCCAUUGCUUGAAAAAACAUCCAGCUCACAUUCAGAUUCUGAUCACAGCAGCACACAAAAUAAUUACUUCGACACAAUUGGACCUUUAGAAAAUCCAGUGUUCCUGAAGAUGUUGAACUAUUCUGUCAGCCGUGUUGCUCAAGAUGAUGGAUUUGGACGGGCUUCCAAUUUGGAUCUAGAUAAAUUUACUGGCACAGAACCUGCAUCAGAAAUGGAUAGUGGCUGGGCAUGGGUUGUGCUCUUUGCAGCAUUUUUUGCUUUGUCUCUGACUGGUGCCACUACGUUUGCAGCAGGUAUUCUGAUGCCUGAAAUUUUAUUAAAGAUUGAUCCAGAUAUUACAAAAGCAUCUUGGAUAGGAGCUGUUCACAUCAGUGUUUUGUGUAUGUCAGGUCCUUUUGUGGGCAUUGUCCUAAAUCGAUUUGGUGCCAAAUCUACAGUCAUCUUUGCAGGGUUUGUACUCUCUGGUGGCCUGAUGGCUGCAUCAUUUUGUUUCACCAUAACACAGCUUAUCUUGACACACGGGCUUAUUGCAGGCCUGGGAUCUGGGUUCAUCCUGAACACAAUGUUUGUAACUGUCGGCCAGUAUUUCAACCGCUACCGUGGCUUGGCUUGUGGGCUUCUAGCCACUGGUUCUGGCCUAGGCAUGCUGGCAGGAGGUAAUGCAUUGGCAAUACUGUUAAAUACCUUUGGCUUAAAAGGAACAUACCUAAUGUGGAGUGGGGUGACACUACACACUCUUGUCUUUGCCAUGCUGCUGCGGCCUUCUCCUACAGAAAAACAGAGGGAAGCAGAGAAGCUGGCACGCAGUAAACGACGCAACUUUCAGGGGGAUGCUAGAAGUCUACGAAGCGGGACAAACAGUAUUUAUAGUGCAAGAACAAACUCUUUCAAAAGAAGCCAGAAAUAUACAGGCAAAAGCGACCAACAGGAUCCCAGUGUUGCUCCUUUGUUACGAUCCGUCCUGCAUAAGGAUUUUUACAGAUCCGCUCAGUCAGUUGCUGCCAGCCAGGCUGGCAAAUCACAUCUCAAGUCCAAUUUAAGCAUCUCUGUGGCUACGCCAGCUGCCCAGAGCAAAUUGACUUCACAGUUGAGCAUAGCUGCUGACCAGCAGAGCCUGCAUGCACCAAGUGUGACCCAAAGCAAAGAUCAGGCAGAUCGGCCGCCUUUAAGCCCUUCUGAUUCUAAUGCUGGAGGAGAAGUGUCUGUUGUUGCUGCAUCUCCUACUCAAAGUCAAGCUCCCGCUGAUAUCAACCGCUCUUUUCGCAGGCGACUUAUUUCAGGGUCAUCUCAAGCACCAUCUCAUUACACCUCCACCGGUCGUCUUAGCUAUCGCCCUUCAAUACGAGAACAACUACAACGAAAUGAUAUUGAUAACGAAUCUUUGGCUUCAACCUUGGUUUCUCAUCUUCAGCCACAAGAUGCUCUUAGUCCCAGGUAUCGUCUUGGAUCACGAAGUAUUUCCUCCAUGUUUGGCAGCAUUGCUAGCUUGCCAACAGCAUUAGUCAUAAUCAAAGAUGAUUUGUCACAGAUUGACACAGCUGAUGGCCCCAAGAAAAAGAUAAGUGAUGAAUCCAGUGGCCUUCUCAACACAUUUGGACCCCUGCAGAACAGGCCAUUUUUAGUGUUCAUUACUACUUGCUUCCUGUGGGCUCUGGGAGAUUCACCUUUUUCAUUUUAUCUUCCGGCAUACACCAUCAGCAUAGGCGCAACAAGUUAUCAAGCAUCAUCCCUGUACACAGCUAUGGGAUUUGGUUCUAUGUGUGGUCGCUUUUUGUCUGGAUUGGUAGCCAGUGAUAGUGGUAUAGGUCCAGUUCUUCUUCACAUUGGAUGUCUCAGUGUUGCCAGCCUGGUUGUAGGACUGAGUCCUUGGUUCACAUCCACAUACUUAGAGCAGAUGAUAUGUGCUGGACUAUUUGGUCUCUACACAGGGUCUUUAGUACCAUUGGCAUCUCUCAUCACAAUUGAACUGCUGGGCAUUGGAGAACUAGGCUUAGGGUUUGGAUUCUUGUCUAUGGCUCAAGGAAUUGGCUAUCUUGCAGGACCUCCUUUGAUGGGUGUGGUUAUUCAGGCACUGGGCUAUAAAACAGGCUUCCGUAUUUCAGGUCUAAUUCUGCUAAUUGCCAGCUUUUUGGCCAUGAUGAUAGCAGUUUUAAUCAAAAGAGUCAAUGGAGAGGAAGGGAUCCACGACUCAUUUGAUGACCUCGAGAAAGCUUUACGAAGAAUCUCAGAUACUGAUAUGGAAGAGGGGGAUGAAGACAUUGUGUCCUACCAAGACAUGGACCCAAAUACUACAAGUCCGACAGAUUCAGACACUUUUCAGUUCACUGCCCUCAAGAAGAAAGAUGAACAGGCUUCACAAGAGCAUGCCUUAUCAGGGGAUGGAGGUCGUGGAAAUAAGCUCAAGGAAAAGGCUCAGACAAGCCCUACAUCUACAGGUGAUUUGGGGUUGAUUGGUGAAGAAAGAUGA